UUUGUUGAAUAAAAACAUUUGCAACUCUGUUUUAUUAUUGUGAACGAUUUUUGUUUCUUGAGAUUAGGGGCAAUCGACUUAAUUUUACCAGAAGUAAAAAAGUAAAAUGGCUGGCGUCGCAAGCAAAGGAUCCUCUAUGGUUAACAACCUCUUGGCUCAGCUUAGGCCACAAAUGGAUGUGUUCUGGAAAUACGCCAAAGUAGAACUGACCCCACCAUCACCUGGUGAUAUUGGUGCUAUUCGUAAUGGCAUUAGUAAGCUAAUCAAAGGUGCUCAAAGUGGUUCGUACAAGAAUCUAACUGUUCGCGAAGCCUGGCUGAACACUUUAGUUACUAUGGAGGUGUGCUUCUGGUUUUAUAUUGGAGAAUGCAUCGGCAAACGCCACCUUGUAGGCUAUAAAGUUUAAAUAUUAAUCAUAUUUUAUAGAUUAUACUAUACUGUUUUAAUAUCAAAUCGUCAUCAGAAUAGUCUUAAAUAAAUCCAAAACACUUAACGAUUGUUCUUAAAUAAGUUGGAAUAAAGAACGGGUCGAAAAUCCGUAUUCAAUUUGUAA